GUCAAUUUUUUUUCUUAUCCGAUUACUGGACUGACAAAAGUUUUGGAUUAUUUUUUUCUUCUAUUUUUACUACGAAAUUUUAUAGUAAAAAACCAAUUGAUUAAACUCUUUAAAAAACAUAUAGAAAACACAUAGAAUAAAAUGACCUUAAUGAUACCUCCACGAAAUCAUCAUCAUGUCUUUUAAUAAUUUCAACUACAUCGAUGGAGUACCCGUUAAAAUAUCUGAAAAAUACAAACCACCACCAAAAGUAACCAUUCCACAGGCGGUUGUAAAUCGUCUUACAAAUUUAACUGAGGACCAUUACGAAUCUCCUCAAUACACAUAUAAUUUUCAAUUGGAAAAACAAGUUGUCAAAAAACUUGCAGAAUGGAAAAAGGUUCGUGAGAUUGAAAGAGAGAAUCGUCGAGAACGGAUACGAGUUUAUGAAUUGCAAAAAUGUCGCGACAACGAAGCCAAGCAAAAGCAGCUUCUUACAGCUGUAUCUUAUCCAAGUGCAGAAGAUCUUUCGUCAGAUAACGAAGAAGAAGACAAUUCAAUAGAAAAUAAAGUAGUUGUUGUCGCCCCUAGCAAACCCGACCAGUCCACACAUCAUUCACGACAGUGCUUUGACACAAUUCUGCAACCGACAGUUGCAAGUCCUUUGAACUCAUCUUACUCGACCUAUUCACCAUCGUCCGUUUUAAUUCCUAGUAAAAUCAAUUAUUCAGAUUUCGAAAAUGAUACAUCGUCGCCGUUUGAUAAUAUCGAGCUGAAGACAAUUAAUGAUUUAGAUAUUUUAGCUCAAGUACUGAAUUAUACUCAGAGACAUUCCGCGAGCAAUGCUCCUUUAACUUCUGCUGUCGAGGAAGAUGAUGUUGCAGUAGUUAGUAAAGAAUUAGCUCCUGAACAGUCUCCUCCUGCUCCUCCUCCAGUUGUAAGUAGUCCUUCCGUAGUAGUAAAUGAAUUGUCGAAAGAUUUUGGACAAGUACCAAACAGCAUUAGCAAGAGUAGUAAUCCAACCCAAGAGCCAAAUUUCUAUUAUAACUCGUUGGUGUCACAGACACAAGCUUUGCAUGUCCAACAACACCCUUCUCAUCACCUGCAGCACCAAUCAGAUCAACAAAACCAGUACAUGAUGAAUUAUGCAACAGUUACACAUCACAAUAAUAUGGAACCUUGUUCGGCCGAUUUGUACUUUAAUUAUAACAAUACCUUGCCAGAAACAAGUAAUCAUAAUUACUUAUAUGGAAACUAUGCAACACAGCAUCAGCAACAGAAUUCGUCGUCUGGGGGGAUAGUGGGGAUGGUCCAUACUAAUAAAUUCAAUAACUAUCCAAAUGGAACAUUUUUAAAUAAUUAUAACUGUGAUUCUUCUCGAUAUGGUAUGCAAAUGAUGGAUGGAAUGAUGUCUACGGGUAUUAUUGGCAAUCGAUUGGAAGCCAACGAAAUUGUUCCGAAAAGUAAGUCGAAAAGUGUUCCGGACAUUCUCAAGGAAUUGAAGGAUGAAAUUAGAGAUUCGGAGAUUAGAAGGACGAGGAAUAAUAGUCAAACAAUAGAUGAUCAUUCAAAGAGAAACUCAGCUGAUUCAGCGCAAUCACUACCAAGUCCAAAUCAAGCGUCUAGAUCUUCUUCCUCAUCCUCGACUAGCUUUAUGAAACUUUCUCCAUCGUCUCAAAAGUUGGCAAAAAACAUCAGCUUUAUGGGAUUUCCUCUAGAACGAGUAUCCAAAAUAGCCGAAUUGUAUGGUAAUGAUGAUAAAAAAAUAAUUGAACAUCUUAUACCAUUAAGUGAACUUCUCGAUUUGGGAUUUGAUGAAUCUAAAAUUUCUGAAGCCCUUGUCAAGUUCGAUAAUAAUAAAGAUAGAGCUCUCGACUUCCUUAUUUCAUAGUAAAACAAAUCAAUAAAUUAUAUGAGCAGCUUUUUAUUAAUAAAUAAUGUAUAUGUAGUCCUUACCCAUAAAUAUUUGUACACAAGUAUCCUACCCAUACCAACUAUAUUAUAUAUAUAAAACAAAAACAAAAAAUGCA